AUGACCACCUCAAACCCCCCAAUGCCUCAAGAGAAGCUCGGCGUACCAUCUAGAAACCCUCUACCUCUAUCUGCGUCGCAAGAAGCACAAGUCCGAGAUAUCUUUUACCAAAAAGUCCGAAAAGAAUGCGCCGAAGAGAUUAAGGCAUUUGCUGCAUGCGCUCUAGGUCGAACCUUUACAGUAUCAUUCGCUUGCCGAGCCGAACACCGCGUCAUGAACAAUUGCAUGAAGAUCCACGCCACACAAGCAGCCCACGAUGAAGCACGUGAGGAGUGGUUCGCUUUGAGGAUAGAACGACAGAAGGAGAGAGAGAAGAAAGCUAGAGUUGCACAGGCUCAAGAAGAGUUUAUGCGCGAAUGGUGGGGAUUGCCAGAGCAUGUGAGGUUGUCGAAACAAAAGGAGAUGGAACAGAGAGGGGAGAGGAUACAUGGACUUGCAGCAAAGGAUCGACCGAGGGAUUGA